CCCACACUGGCGGCGGCGAAAUCGAUCGCACUGCCCAACCGCCACCUGCUCGGCCUCCGCAACCCACCACUACCGUCCACAAGGUGCGCCAAGUUGGUGUAGGAUUUUUUUUGUGCCCUUUGCAACGUCGCGAAACUGCUUCCUCUUCUUUUUGGUUUCUUCUCGGUCAGCUCUUCGUUCACUCGAAGAACGCAACUGUGGCCGGAGACAUUCUCCUUCCUUGAACCAUCGGGAUCGGCUUUAUUCGACGACAAGUCCUGCUAGUCAGCGACCGACGACACAAUGCCGCCUAAGAAGAAAGGCAAUAAGAAGGGCCAGGAUGACUGGGAGGCCGAGCUUGGCGAGUCCAUCGCCCCCGCCACUGCUGCAGACGGCCCGGCCGAAGACGCCAACGGAGAGAACGAUGACGACGAAGCCGGAGGCGGUGGCCUGAUGGCCAUGCUGCGAAAGAACAAGGAGAAGAGGAAGAAGAAGGGCCUGCCCGAGGAGGAAUUUGUCCAAGGCGAGGACCCCGCGGCCGUCGACGAUGCCGCGUCCAAGGCACCUGUCGAGGCAACCGUGGACGACGAAUUUGCCCUGCCGGAGAAGAAGGGCAAGGCUGGCAAAGGAAAACCUGCGCCGAAGAAGGCCGAACCCGCCGAUGAGGCCCAAGAGGGCGGCAAGAUACUUACCAAGGCCGAGAAGGAGAAGCUGAAGAAGGAGCGCGAGAAGCAGCGCAAGAAGGAACAGGCCGCAAAGAAGAAGACUGUAGCGCCCGCCAACGCUCCGGAGCCUGUCAAGGCGGCUGCCCCUGCCAAGCCGUCCACCGAGGAGUCGGCCCCAGCCGCCUCAGCCGCCGCGGACGCCGGAGCCAAGAAGAAGAAGGUGCCCGCGCACCUUGCCAUGCUCCAAAAGCAGCAAGAAGAGCUCCGCCGCCAGCGAGAGGAGGCUGAACGCGUCGCGGCUGAAACCCAGGCACGUGCCGAGGAAGAGGACCGCCUGGCCGAGGAGGACCUGAAGCGCAAGGAGGAGCAGAAAGCCCUUAAGAAGCAAAAGGAGAAGGAGCGCAUCGAGCAGCUUAAGAAGGAGGGCAAGUUCCUCACUAAGGCUCAGAAGGAGGAAAAGGCUCGCAACGAGAGGAAAUUGCAGCAGAUGCUUGCAGCCGGCAUCAAAGUCGGCCCCCAAGAAUCCGCCGACGGUGAGCCUAAGAAGAAGUCAUACGACAAUAAGAAGAAGAGAGGCAAGAACGAACAAAAGAUUGAUGAAGAAGCUGCGUUGGCGGAAGCCGCAGAGCGUGCCCGUAUCGAAGCCGAGAAGGCACUCAAAGAGGCCGAGGAGAAGGCCGCGAGGGAAAAGGCCGAGGCCGAGGCCAAGGCUGCCGCCAGCAAGAAGGCCGUCGAGAGCGACAUCGAGGAUGACUGGGAGGCCGCGGCCGCCUCCGACGGGGACGUCAAGGACAGCUGGGAUGCCGACUCGGACGAGGAGGCGGAGAAGAAGGAGUUGCCCUCAAGGCCGAAAGGAGCAGACGAUGACGAUGACGACGACGACGACGACGACGACGACGAGUCUGAAGAAGAUAGUGAAUCGGACGAGUCUGAAGACGAGGCCGUUUCCGCGGCGCGACAGGCUGAAGCUCAGCGCAAAAAGGAGGCGGCCGAAAGGCGAGAGAAGGCCCACCAGGCUGCUCUGGCCGCUCGCUCAAAGGACAACCUCCGCUCCCCCAUUUGCUGUAUCUUGGGCCACGUCGAUACGGGCAAGACGAAGCUUCUCGACAAGAUCCGUCAGACCAAUGUGCAGGAAGGCGAGGCCGGUGGUAUCACGCAGCAGAUUGGUGCCACCUACUUCCCAGUCGACGCCAUCCGACAAAAGACUGCCGUCGUCAACAAGGACAACAAGUUCGAGUUCAAGGUGCCCGGCCUCCUCAUCAUCGAUACUCCUGGUCACGAGUCCUUCUCCAACCUGCGAUCCCGUGGCUCCUCGCUUUGCAACAUCGCCAUCCUGGUUGUCGACAUCAUGCACGGCCUUGAGCCCCAGACUCUGGAGUCGAUGCGCCUGCUCCGCGACCGCAAGACGCCCUUUAUCGUGGCGCUGAACAAGAUUGACAGACUCUACGGUUGGAAGAAGGUAGACAACAACGGCUUCCAGGAGAGUCUGGCGCUGCAAAACAAGGCGGUGCACAACGAGUUCAAGAACCGACUGGAGCAAACCAAGGUUGCAUUUGCCGAGCAGGGCUUCAACUCGGAGCUGUUUUACGAGAACAAGUCCAUGGCCAAGUUUGUGUCUCUGGUGCCAACGUCGGCGCACACGGGAGAAGGUGUUCCAGACAUGUUGAAGCUCAUCGUCCAACUGACGCAGGAGCGCAUGGUGGGCUCGCUCAUGUACCUGUCGGAGGUGCAGGCAACUGUCCUCGAGGUCAAGGCCAUCGAGGGCUUUGGCAUGACCAUCGACGUCAUCCUGUCCAACGGUGUCUUACGCGAAGGUGACAGGAUAGUGCUGUGCGGAACGGAAGGUGCCAUCAAAACCAACAUCAGGGCGUUGCUCACGCCGGCUCCCCUGAGAGAAUUGCGGCUGAAGUCGGCAUACGUGCAUAACAAGGAGGUCAAGGCUGCACUGGGUGUCAAGAUCAGUGCCCCUGGCCUCGAAGGCGCCAUUGCUGGUUCGAGGCUGAUGGUCGUCGGCCCCGACGAUGAUGAGGAAGACAUCGAGGAUGAGGUCGAGUCUGACCUGGCUACCCUGCUGAGCCGCGUCGAAAAGUCCGGCCGCGGUGUCAGCGUGCAGGCGUCUACACUCGGCUCUCUGGAAGCUCUCCUCGACUUCCUCAAGGACUGCAAGAUUCCCGUGGCCAACGUCGGCAUCGGCCCCGUCUACAAGAGAGAUGUCAUGCAGUGUGGCAUCAUGUUGGAGAAGGCCCCCGACUAUGCAGUAAUGCUGUGCUUCGACGUCAAGGUGGACAAGGAGGCGCAGGCAUAUGCUGCAGAGCAAGGCAUCAAAAUCUUCACUGCCGACAUUAUUUACCAUCUCUUCGAUUCCUUCACCAAGCACAUGGACGAGAUGCUGGAGAAGAAGAAGGAGGAUUCAAAGAUGCUCGCCGUCUUCCCGUGUGUGCUGAAGCCGGUCGCCGUCUUCAACAAGACGGAUCCCAUCGUCAUCGGUGUGGACGUUGUCGAAGGGCAAUUGAAGAUAAACACGCCGAUCGCCGCUGUCAAGUCAAAUCCAGUCACUGGCGUCAAGGAGAUUAUCAGCAUUGGCAGAGUUACUUCGAUUGAGCGAGAGCACAAGCAGAUCCCCGUCUGCAAAAAGGGUCAGCCGUCUGUGGCCGUCAAGAUUGAAAUGGGUGGUCAUCAGCCGAUGUACGGUCGACAGUUGGAGGAGGCGGACACACUAUACAGUCUUAUCUCCCGCGCCAGCAUCAACUGCCUCAAGGAGUUCUAUCGGAAGGACGUGUCCAACGACGAGUGGCAGCUUAUCAUCAAGCUGAAGCCCCUGUUUGACAUAAAUUAAGUCCCGACGGCGGGGUGCAACAGGUGUCUAGACCCCUGGGGGGGGGGUUACUUCUGUACUGCCUGUCGGAGUUGACGUGAACUCGGCGGGUUGCGCGGGUUGUGGUGCUUCUUUCUAUGGAAAGUUGGGAAUCACUAUGGCGACGAUUUGGAGAAGGAGCAUGACACGGGGUUCCAAAAAUGCUUGAUAUGUACUGUGAAUGAUUAUGUCAUUUUUGUCGGGUUUAGACAAAGAUGGAGGGAUACUACUUACUCUAACCUGUUUCCUUCCACUGUGAGUAGUGGCUGCGCUUGAUGAAACUUGGACAGGAUGGAUCAACUUCUUCGCAGCCAACUCGCCUAAACCCGAGGCCCUAGCCGAUGCCUGUCCAAAAUAUCUCCUCGAAACAAACUUUGAGCGCAUGACCAUCCAUCGUCCCUAUGGCGGG